GUGGGGUGAACAAAUACGCUCGAGCAACCGGUGUUCGCGACAUAACACAGCUCCCAUCGCUGCGAACAGCUGUGUUCAACGAUCAGCCCCUUCCUGGGUGAUGUUACAGGUGACAAUGCCUAGCUAGAUCCUAUGACUUCCUUCCCCUGUACUAGCAACUACUUGAUGGUUAACAACUGGGUGGAUGCCAUCUGACUCCAAAUUUCUGAAACGUCGAGGAAAGACUUCAAUUUGAAACACCCCGUCGCAAGUACAAGACGGCCUUCGCUUACAUAGAGCAACGCAGCGAGAGCCGGCAAAGUAGCAGGGUAGCUUCUCAAUUAGUCAGAGAAGUUUUGGGUCGAGGAUCAAUUCAUUUCUAAGCGCUGCACACGAAUUGCGACGCAGUUUUCUCAAGAAGCGACAUUUCUCUAUAUUAGGCUCGCUCCAAGUGCCUGUAAGAGCUCUCCACACAUCAAGAACAAUGCCGCCCAUCAACCUAAACAACGAGGCCUUCUCCUCUAUCCUCGGCUCCAUCUCCAUCACCGCAUGGCUCGUGGUCUUCACACCACAAAUCUACACAAAUUGGCGCCGCAAGUCUGCAGAGGGUCUAUCCCUACACUUCGUCGUCAUCUGGCUACUCGGAGACUUCUUCAACAUCAUUGGCGCUUGGCUGCAAAAAGUCAUGUGGGUCAUGAUUGUCCUCGCCAUUUACUAUGCAGCAGCCGAUGUCGUUCUUCUGUAUCAAUGCCUGGCAUACGGGCACAAAGCAACACAGCAGCAAGAUGAGCCAAACCAUGUCGCGGCUAUUGGGAUCCCAACAUCCACCUCAUCAGACAUCAUCGGGCCCGAGGCAAGCACUGUUAUCAGCAGUAGUGAUACCGCGGUUGAGCAUGCAUCUGCCGCUACACCGCUCAUCCCAAAAGAACUUGAACUCACAAAAGCUCGCACAACAUUCCAAGCAGCCAUCCUCAAUAUCCUUGCUCUGCUUGCAUUGUGCAUGGUUGGUACGAUUGCUUGGUAUGUGGGUGCCAUCUCCUCUGCACCACAACACGGUAAACCGCCUCCUACACCAAAAUUGCGCUGGAACGCAGGCGGCCAAAUCUUUGGCUGGGGAUGUGCAGCGCUUUACCUCGGCUCACGAAUCCCACAAAUCAUUCACAAUUACAAACGUGGCUCAACAGAGGGUUUGUCGGCCUUGUUCUUCCUAUUUGCGUGUUUGGGCAAUAUCACCUAUGUUGGCAGUAUUCUCAUUCGACAGAAUCGUGAAUCACCACAUUAUCACAAGUAUCUCGCCAUCAAUGCGUCUUGGCUUGCAGGGUCAGCAGGGACGUUGCUGCUUGACGUUGUGAUCCUCACGCAAACACUCUUUUACAGUCUUCGAGAUGAUCGCUUGCAGCGCAAACGACAACACGACGCUGCUGCAUAGAAAGGUUGGACUGUGAUUGAAUAAGUUACGUUGAAGACGGGCAAUAUGAUAUGAGAUGUAAAGCAGCUGAGAGGUAGUAUCUAUUCGAUGACAUACAUCCUGCCAGUCAAGACGAUACGAUGCAUGCGAAUGAUGUCUAGCACGAUGAUCGAUAGGCUUCAUCACUGCUCGUAAGGCUUGGCGACCAUUCCUUCGGGUCUGUGACAAUUAGUACUUCAAGUUUGACAUGGCUCACUCACGGUUGAAUGGGCACUUUGCCGGCAGAUACUUCUUUCCAAUUUGUCGAUAACGCCGUACCGCCCGAUUCUUGGUAGGACUUCAUCAUUGCCUUUUUCGUAUCAUCAUCAGCAUCCUUGUACAGCG